AUGGCAGCAGGAGAAGAGGUAGCAGCAGAAGCCGGGGAGGAUCAAUCAAAACCCUCCAAAGCUCACUAUCGAAGAAACACUCUCGCUAUAGAAACCCUCUCACUCACCACUCACCGUCGCUUCUCUUUGCCCUCCUCCUCGUCGCUGCGCCGCCCUUACCAUCGUCAUCUCGUCGCUGCGCCGCCCUUACCUUCGCCAACCCUGUCGCGCACAACUCUCACCUUCGCCAUUCUUACCGUCGCUGUUGACCGUCGCCACCCAGUAACCACUCACCGCCAGUCACCACUCACCGUUCACCAUCGUCGCUUGUCACCUUUGCCAUUGUCACCACUGCACAGACCAUCACUCUUCUUCGCUGUUCUGCACAAAUCAUCGCUGCGCCGCCCUCACCAUCGUCAUCUUCGUGCUUUUCAUCAUCGUCAUCUCCGUGUUGAUUAUGCCAAACUCACUAAGCUUCUCAAGAACCUUAUGGCAAAGGUUUCUACUAUGAAGAAUACAGAGCAGAUUUUAGAGCAACUUCCUCGGGUGAUAUCAUCUUUGGAUACAUAUAUGGAUAAUGGAUUGCAAAAGUGAUAACCCGCUAGCAAGUGCAAGUAAACCUCGUUCAAAGUCAGGAGGGAGCUGACUGAAGCUUAAGAGGGAGCUGCGUUCCACUCACCCAACUGUUCUUUGAGUUUCUUUGCUAGAUGGGGCUGGUGAUGAUUUGUUUAAAGAGAUAU